UGGCAUCAUCCACAUUUUCAUCCGGUCCUGAUUUUUAGAUCUCCACUCUGAGCCAAAACAGUCCACAGUCAAGUAGUCGAGUAGACAGAAAGAGCGCACAUAAGCUAGCGUGAAAUAACAUAAUACCAUAACACAAUAAAUUAAAAGAAUAAUCCUUUGAAAAUGAGACAACUUCUCAUCUGCAUGUUGGGAGUGUUCAUCUCGCUGCGUUCGUUCACGCGUGCCGAGAUCUACACAGCUGAGGAGCGAAAGAAGAUGUUGAAAAUGGCUGCCGAAAUACCCGACGAGGAAAAGUGGAAGGUGACUAAGACUUGUUGGAUGGACCUUGAGUUAGACGACAACCCAGUUGGCCGAAUUGAGAUUGCCCUAUUCGGAGAAGUAGCCCCCAUAACUGUCAGCAACUUUGCCGCUCUCUGCAAGGGUGCAUACAACCACGAUCCCAAAUUCGGCUACAAGGGAUCCAAGUUCCACCGAUUCGUGCAGGACUUCGUCAUGCAGGCCGGAGACAUCACGAACUUCGACGGGACUGGAGGCAGAUCUAUCUACGGGUCCACACUCGCCGACGAGCCCAUAGUACACGGUCACCCCUCAGCCGGAUACGUAGCGAUGGCGCAUCUGCUGCAGCCUAACACAGCCACCUCCCAGUUCUACAUCACAUUCAACUCCGUCAGGUGGUUGGAUGGAUUCCACGUAGUCUUCGGCAAAGUCAUCGACGGACUGGACGUUUUGGAGAAAUUGAACAACAAAGUGCAGACGAACAAGGAACAAGUUCCACUAAAGGAGUUGGUGAUCGCCGACUGCGGACUCACCAAACACUCGCCCUACACACUCCCAGCCGAGAAACGAUGAGUCAUCCUUGAAAGCCGAGAAGAGCCGAAAAAUUUCAACUAACUCGGCUUGACUCAAUUUAGACGUAUUGCGUUUGAAAAAAUAAACACGUUUGAAAAUCCUCUCUCCGGCUUGAAACUAUAAAAAUUUGGUGUCAAAAUGUUUGAUGUUUAUUAUAAUUCUUGAAUAAAAUUAAAUAUUAUAAACGUUUCUCUGCAGAUGUCAAAUGUAUUGUAUGUUUCAAUGACUAUUUCCCAGUCGAUUGUUGAUUAAAUAUGCCAUCCUAAACUUCCUUGUAUUAUUGUAAUGACUUUUCUCUGUAUUUACUAAUCAAUUGCAAUUCAAUUAUUCUCUACUCGUGCAAA